GCCUACUGCUGGCCGUCCGCGGGCAGGCAGAGGAGAAGAGGAGGGGAGGAAAGUGUGUUUACACAGACGGCAAACUGCCUGGGGAAUCGUAGGGGAGAGGAAGUCAGCCGGCUCUGUGUCUGCCUGCUCCAACUUCCUGCUCAGAAAAAGAAAAAGCCCAGGAUCCUAUUUCAGACCAGCACAACUGUGUGGAGCAGAAGUAAGCAUGGAAAAACAAGGAAUCACACAAGCUUCACCGUAAAGUUUCGAGGAGGGAAAACACGGAGGCAGACAUCGCAGCUAUGGACAGUGCCAUCACUCUGUGGCAGUUCCUGCUGCAGCUGCUGCUUGACCAGAGCCACAAACACCUGAUCUGCUGGACGUCCACGGACGGUGAAUUCAAGCUGCUGAAGUCAGAGGAAGUGGCGAAGCUUUGGGGCCUUCGCAAGAAUAAGACCAAUAUGAACUAUGACAAGCUGAGUAGAGCGCUGCGAUACUACUACGACAAGAACAUCAUCAAGAAGGUGAUUGGCCAGAAGUUUGUCUACAAGUUUGUGUCCUUCCCUGAGAUCCUGAAGAUGGACCCACAGGCAGUGGAGAUGGGCUUGGCUUCUGGAAGGUUUCCCCUGCAGGAAGGAGAGGCCUCAGAGCUGGAAGUGGAGGAGGAGGAGGAAGAGGAAGGGGAGGAGGAGGCCCAGAGGAGGGCCCUGGCAGCACUUGGGGCGCAGCAGUGUCGGAACGACUACCUCCGCUCUGGUCUCUACUCCUCUUUCAGCAUCAGCUCCCUGCAGAACCAGCCCGAGCUGCUCCGAGCUCUGCGGGAGCGCCAGGAGGAGCCGCGCUCUGUCAUUCGCUUUGGCACCAACGCCAAUGACAGAAGCCCCCCACCGUCUACCAAACCAGAGUCCUACGUCUCCCCUCGCAUGUCCAAACACCAAUCCCCAUCCUCUCCCCUCGCCAAACCCUCCCAGACCAGAGGAAGCUGGAGCACGGCUGCCGAUGAUGAUGAGCAGGAGGACUCUGAUCAGAGUGCUCAGCCACUCAACCUCUCCUCGGGGCACAGGGAGCGAGCCCUGCAGCUUCCUGAGAAGAGGAGCAGCAGCAGCAGUGUCAGGAGUAGCUCUACUAGUAGUAGUAGUAACCAAGGAGAUGGACUCCCACCAAAAAGCAAAAAGCCCAAAGCUCUGGAGAUCCCUGCUCCAUCCCUGCUGCUGUCAGGGAGCGACAUCGGCUCCAUUGCCCUGAACAGCCCAGCACUGCCGUCUGGGUCCCUUACGCCUGCCUUUUUCACUGCACAGACUCCCUCCGGUCUGCUGCUGGCUCACAGUCCGCUGUUGUCAGGCAUCCACUUCUGGAGCAGCCUGAGUCCUGUCGCUCCGCUCAGCCCCGCCCGGCUGCAGGGCCACAGCUCCCUCUUCCAGUUCCCCAACCUAAUCAACGGACACAUGCCCGUCCCCCUGCCAAACCUGGAAGGAACACCCUCCUCUCUGCUCCUGUCCCCCACCACCCACAAAUCCUGAUCCAGGAUCUGAGAAAAAAAAAAUCAAACAUCUUCAUCCAUCUCACGUGAAACUUUCUCUCAUUAUCAUCGUCUGCAGCAGCGAUCUUUUGUCUGUCUAUGCUUCAGAAAAGUCCUACGAGACAGUAUGUGACCUCACUUUUUUGCACUUGAGUUGCUUCAGAUUCCAGUGGUUGAAAGCACUUGGUUAAAGCCAUACGAUGAUCCGCGGCGUCUCUGAGACGCCUGUGGCUCUUUGUGAUAAAGUACAGCACAUUUCCACAUGACCCUGUCCACCAUGGACAGUAGUGACGUGUAGCUAGCCGCUAAAGACUAGCCAGAAGCUAACUCUGCAUAGAGAGCUUGUUGAAUCCUUGUAAAAAUCUUUUCUUAAAUGUUCCUCACAAUGUGAAACUUGUUGUUUCGCUUGUGUUGUGUUGUUUGUAUUGUAUGCACUAUGCUUCUCAGAUAGGACCGGCUGUGCCUUGUUUUCUUUUUUUUUUUGUCUUUUCUUUUAAAAUCUUUGAAUGAAGACGAGAUUGCAAAUCAAUGAAAACCUUUGUAACACUUGUAUUGUUCUCUUUUUUAUACUGGACUUGGUAUACAGUUUGUAUUCUGUAUAAUUUUGUAUUGUGAAGAAUGUCUGUCAUUUUCAAUAAACAAAGCAUUGAAUGCUUGAA